CGGGGAUGGAUCCAUUUCACGCUGCGUGCCUCCCGGAUAGGUGUAUCGCUGGCUGCCUCGCUGGCUUGGUGUGUGCGCGCUUCGCCGGAGACCUGGCUUGACUGUGACACUUUGACAGAACGCGCGUGUAACAAGUACUGUGUGCCAUGGGCCGCUACGGCAAGUGGGCGAGCUACAACGCGAGCCGUGGUCGCUGCGCGAGCGGCGUGUUCCCGUACUCGGGCGGCCGAUUCGGGGUUCGGACCGUGCGCGGCGCUCGCGGUUGGCAGCCGACUUGGAAACCGUGGAACGUGCCGCCCAGCAUGCGCGCCGUUAUGAUGAUGGUGGCGGCCGUUGGACACACCGCGCGGCCGGGACCUUCGACCGUGGUGUCCGAUCGCCUCGUCGCUUCGCGAAGGGACUUUUAUCGUGACGAAAGAGCAACGGCCGGGAAGCGUGUGCCAGAAAAGCAGCCCGUGGAAUCCCAAAUCCGACGGCUGCCGCGGAGAGCGCGGAAACGACGCCGACAGAAGCUCAAGUCGCAGGUCAUUUCAUCGGGGGAGAACUGGGAGGCCAACUCGGGAAAGCAAGUAAUCGCCGUUACCGACGCCUCCGAGUCCCGUUCGGCUGAAAAGACGCCCGUAGUUGCGGGCAGCCAGCGCGGACCCAUUUCCGAACGUGCCUGUGGUUCGAAAAAAGCGCGAAGUGCAGAAACUGCAACCACCGAUGCUGAUGGGCCUGCUAGACUAGCCACAGAGAACCUGCCAAAGCUGGAGCCCACUGCAGACUGUACCAUGCCAGAUGACUGUACUGAGGCUGCCAUCCCUCGGACACAGGUCAACCAGUGCCAACCACCUGUCGUGAAACCAGAUUUGCGGACAGUGGCACCAGCGACGAAAAUUGGUUCCAGCUUGGAUGAUCUGAGGAACUACAAGAUACCCAAGAUAAGGCGACAGCAACCGCCAGUGGAGGAACACGACAGUGACAUUUCCAGAGCUUCACCUGUUUCUCAAAGGAGUAGGGAACGUGAAGAACAAGAAGAGCAUCGAAAGGGGCUCACUAGGUCCCAGAGCAGGAGCCCCCUCAGUGGCAGGUCGUCGAGCAGGUGUGUGGUGGAUAGAAUAAUUGAAGAUAUGAACAAGGCCUACCCAAGGGUGCCCAGCGGCUACAUUUCGUGUGGUGAUGGCUGCCCUCUUCAAAAUGAAGCAGGCAACGAGUUUCCCAGGAGUCCCACUAUGCGCCGCCCUCUGGAAGACGACCGGGGUAUUAGUGGGAAGGUAGCAAAGUUGGCCACACUCAGUCGUAUGCCAUUAAGCAGCCACGUCAGGCAGAAGCAACAGACUAAGAAAGUGUGUGUUAUAUGUAAACGCAGAGUCAUUUCUGAUGCUGGGGGCCAAGACACCUGCAUCAGGUGCUCCCUUUGCAAGCAGAUCACCAAAGAACAGGCUGCAGUAAAAGAGAAGGGGGGCAAGGAACGGCUGGCUGCUUCUGAACCAGACACGCCAGCCAAACUUCACAAGCGCCGAGCCUCAUCGGAUGUCGAGAACAGGGAGCGGGACGCCAAGACACCCACCUGCCCACUUUCAUCCAAGUCGGACGACAGAGUUAAAGUGGACACUGUGUCACCCCAAGGGAAGAAGCACCGGAUUGUUUCAAAAAAGCGAGCACGUAAGGCCUACCUCACGAAGCCAGUCAUCUCGUCUAGCAAUGAAUCCUGCAGUGAGGAUGAUGGUUGUUCUGCGACGGCUACUGGUGUCUCUGCAUCUCAACAAGUUGAGGCGGCUGCAUCGCCAUCUGUGCAGCCCCAGCAAAAAGACGAAAACACGACUUCAAACGAAAGUCAGCGAAACGUUACAAAAAACCUGCCUCCAAAGGAUGACAGUCAGAAUUCAGAGAAGUGUUUUAAAGCAAGUAGCACUGGUUCGAAAGUUAGCAGAGCCAAACCUACAUUACAAAAAAAGACGAUUAAGGGCAGUAACAAGGAAAAGCUGAGACGUCAAGUGAUGAAACAAGCAUGGAAAACGGCAAAGGAUACAGAUGACUAUUUGAGGGCACUGAGUGAAAUGCCGAAGGGCACAGAUCCAAUGAAAACUCUCACCAAGAAAGACAAGAAGAGUGAAGCCUAUGGAAAUUGUGAAAGUGUAAAAGAUGAUCAUGCAGAUACAAAAACUGCAUCCUUAGAGCAAACUGAUGUUUUGAGUGAUGUUUGUGGAUUUACCUCAGACUCUUUAAUCUCAUCGGGUAGCCCAGCAUUACUUGUUGCAUCAAGCUUUAGUCUCACCCUGACCGACUGGGAGGGUCUAAAGAAUGAAUCGAUCGAUGAUGCCGAGUCUGUGAGUGUCGGUGGCAUGACUGGCAACGUUGCACCUACUAGCACCUUGGUGUCAAGUGACAGUGGUCCACCGGGUGGUAAAAAUGGCGAUUUGCCAACAGGCCCUGAAAAAUGUGCUGCAGAGGCAGGUUCACCUCCUAUCAUGAUCUCUGAUUUUUCAGAUGACGAAUUAAAAGAGGAUUGCAACGCACCGAACAAGUCCCCUAUGUGGCUACCAUACUCGAUCCAUUUUGAGGAUGAUGGUGCCAUGUCUGUGACGAUUCAAGAUGGAGCAAGUGGUGGUGGUCGAGAAAUAGGUUUCUCUGCAAAGAAAUCGGGUGCGCUGGCAGAGCAGGCCCAGGAAGCUGUGGCUUCCGAUUCUUCUGACGUAGAUCACCUAGCCGCUUUAACAGAGUGUUUGCAGAAGAUCAGUACCACUGGUAUACCUGAAGGGGAUGCUGACAAAACUGGUUUAUCUAAGCAAGGGGCGCCUGUUGCUGUUCCGGUUUCUGCAUUGGCACCCUCUCGUGCUGGUGACAGUAGCAUUUCGGUGGAUACAUCUGACACAAGUGGACAACACACAGCCCAUGGCAACUUUAACAAACCGGCACAUGUUGGGAAGCAUGCACACACAGGCUGCAGCGGCAGCAGUUACAGGUCUCUAGUGAGUCCCACUGCACCUGCACAGUCAUCGUUGUGUACUGCAGCAGACCCAAAGGAAUCGUGUGUGGAGAUCUCAUACACAGCCCAGGGUGCCAUUGGUGGUGGCUGCGUGCCAUGUGCAGAGGACCCCGCUUUGCCCAAAGACCAGUUAAGGCUUUCCGCAGCUGCUAAUGUGGAGUCUUGUGGUGCGGAUGGCACUGGGAAUGACUCUCCGCCAUGCUCCAUGGACCUUGAUUUGCCGACAUUCAAGUCAUUGUCUGCCAUCCCAAUAAACACGAAUGCAGCUGCCAUGCAGAGCUCUUGCACAACCGGGGGCAAUGUUCGGAAAAGCUCUUUGCCAAACGCUGGGCACUUGGCUUCGGACACGGCAGAUAUUCCUGCUUCUUUUGAUGCCAUCUCUCUUGUGGACAAUGUCUUCGGAAUAUCGAGGGCAGCCACUAGCAUCUCUGACAAAGGUUGUGCGGACCACCACGGCAUGCUGCACGGCCUGCUUGAAGAAUAUGUCCAAAAAAUGGAAAUUUUCCUUGCGGCACUCAGCGAAUGCAUGUCAGACUAUCGUGAAACAUUGGUCAGCACUUUAUUGCCUGAUGGCUUUGUCAAACUGAAGAGAAUGGUGCAGCUGGUGUGGAGAAUGGAGGCUAAAUUGGGAUGCCUAGGCACAGGCAGAGUGUUGGACCUGGACAAAGGUGUCUGCUCUCUGCUAAUUGAACAUGCAGGCAAGCUCUCGGGGACGUCAUCACUGGAGUCGGACCUUCCGUCCUUUAUGUCAUUUGAAGUGUGCAGUGAACCUCAUCUGCCGACUCGUACCAAUCCACCAUGCCAGGAAGUAGCGGAAGAUGGGGAGGCUGCUAACAGCAGUGGCAUGUUGUUGCCACCAUCCGGUGCCAUAACCGAGCAAGGCCAGGUGGCUGGUCAACCGGACACACUGCUAGGCUCGGCAGUUGCUUUGACAGCUGAAAGUACAGUUCAUCAAGCAGCCACUGAUGUUACUUCCCCUCUUGAGCAAGAACGGCUCAGCACAGGAAUUUCUGGCCCACCGCGUUCUACUACAGGAAUGGUUCCGGAUGAUGUUCUUCGUGUGGCGAGGGGGAAGCCAAAGAACUUGGAUGGUGCUUCCAGUGGUGGGCUCUCCGAGAGCACCAACAAGAAAGAAGGCAACAGUGUGUGUGCAGGGGCAGUUGUUGCAGAGACUGCAGUAUCCAGCAACCCUAACAGGCACAGGCCCCUGUCCAGGGAAAUGGCUACUCAACCUGAACAGCAGCAGCUGGCUCAGGCAAGAACCAUGCCACACAGUGCAUAUGAGAAUUCAGUGCUUGGAUCUAGAAUGGAAGUGGACCCUAAGGCACCCAAUAAACAGCUGCCUGGUCACAGAAGUGUGCCUGGAAGCUUUUUUGCAAGUUGGCAGAGGCAAACUGUUGGUGGCACUCAGAGUCUAGCGCAGCAGAACUCCCAGACUCCAAAGGAGAAACUCUCCCAGACAUGUAGCCAGAAGGACGUUCCACGGGACAUUCCUCAACAAAACCGUAGGCCGGGACAACAAAGUCAUUCAGCUGCUAACAGACCUAGCCAGGUGCGCCAAGUGCGUUUUGAGCUAAGGGAGCCUCCACCGCUCAUGUAUGUAGGGCCACGUCAACACACUGUGCACAAUCAAGGGUUACCCGCACAACCAAGCAGCAUGAAUUCAAGACAGCGGGAGGAGCUUGGAAGGCAGAUGACUGCUUACUCUCACAACAAUGCUUGGCUAAAUGCCUAUAGCCUUCCAGAAAACUCGCAAGGCGGUGCAGGGUUUCCCUAUAGCUGUGCCAGACCGUCACAGUUGUCUCCAGGCUACGUCCCACCAGUGGGGCAGUCAACGGGUCCUACUUCAGGACCUGUUUCACAAUUGCGCUAUGUACCCCAGACACCACCAGUACCAGGAACUAGUGAUGCACAAGGGCAAUUUCAAAAGCGUGAGCUAUGUUUGCAGCAGCAGCAAGGGCUGCAGACAGCUGGAAUUCGCACACUGAAUUCCCUACUUGCACUGUCGUCAAGGACGUCGAGGAUGGAAACAGAGCAAAGUUAUGGGCCCCAAUUCUCUCCCCUGAUGCCGCCACCUGAUAGAGCACAGGACACGAGUCAAGCCAUGGAUGCCGAACUGCUUAAAGCAGAAAAAGAUGUACAGCUUCAGCUGAAGAAGCGUCAGUAUCUCCAGCUGCUUAUGCAGCGGCUCCAUGGCAGACAAAUUGCUGCCGGCCAGCAACAAGGACAUUCCGAAGCUUCUGAACCAAGGCAGCUGUCAGAAAGAGAACGGUACCUGCAGCAGCAGAUCCGACUUGCUUUGAGUAUGUUAUCCGCAAAAAGUACUAGCCAGAGUGGCCAGCAGUACCAGGCAGCCUAUGGAUCCAUCCAGCAGCUGCAGCAGUACCUCCCUGCAGAGCAGUUGUGCGAGUCUUCGGCACAACCACGAACCUCCAUGAGCAACAGCACUGCAAGCAUUUCUGCACAAAGCACUUCAUCAGAAUCUUCGAGAUUUGUGCGCCCGUGGACUUCCGUGUCGCAGUGGCCCUACCCUUACACUACGUGUCAAGAAGCGCUGCAGAGGUGGAAGGGACAGCAGCAGGAGGAGGCGAGUGAGCCGGUGACACGUGUGCCACCUGGGGCUGCAACACAAACUGUGGAUGAGCACCGAGCAUGUCUAUUUGUGCAACCUCAGCAGACAGUGACCGUGCGUCAGCAGGCACCAGUGCACCAAGUUUCUUUGGAAGAGCGAAAUCAGAACUUGGCUGCACGGUCUGAUGCAUCCAGUUGGAGAAACAGAGUGGGAAUCAUUGUGAAGUCUACUACACCUUGCCAAUCCCUUGUGGAUACUGAAGCCUCCAAUGGCCAUCUUGCAGAGAACCAGCGUGCAAGCUCCAUUGGACUGCCAAGCCAGCAGUUGUUGAGGGAACCCUUUGUGAAGCAGCUCUUGCUGGGGCGACCUCUGAAUGCAGCGCAAGGCAUGCGGCCGCAGGGACCGCCUCCUCCAAGCCAGUAGAGCUGCCACAUCAUGUAGCCUUGUGUAGGGCAUUGAGUGCAAUAUGGAGUGAAGACUGCAUAGAACAAUCUUUGCAUUGGCAAUUAGUCCAACUACCAUUGCAUAGCCUAUUGACAAUUGGACGACACAGCUUGCCUCAGUCUGUGAUACUAGUAUCCAGGGCUCUCUAAAAAAAUGUAGACGGUCCGCAUUUGUGCAGAAGUGUCGACAGGUUAUCGUGCUUGUUCUGAUGUUGCGGGUUCAUUAAAGUAGCAUGAAGUUUGCUAUUUUUAGCUUAUAAAUCAUCUGUGUGUGUGUGUGUGUGUUUGUUUAUUUAAAUCAUCCCACCAAGAUGAAAGCUGUUGCUGUGCCAUGCUUCAUAAUGCUCAUUUCUGUCAUUCCAUCUAAGCAUUAAAGAAACACGCAUACUUAGUAUGGUUUUCAUAUUAGCUCACUGCUAAACAAAGCAAAUGUUUGAAGUCAAUUUUAUGUACCUGACUGAGAUGUCCUUGGUGGCAUGUUUCAUUGUAUAUUGUUUAAUGCACAUGUUUUGGUAAGUACAGUCUGUUUCACACUUGGGGAAAACUCGGAGCGUCUUUCAAGGCAGUCCGAGUUUUCCCCUAAGUGUGAAACAGACUGUACAUGUAAUUUGUGGUGUCAUGGUUUUUAUUGGCUCUGCUUCCUGCAGAAGCUUUCCUAGAGGGAGAAGGUAAAGUGUAACAUGAGAACUUUAGAAUUUUUGUGUCAAGUAUUUAUUCAUUUAAAAGGGUGUUUCAAUUUGAGUAAAAAAAAAAACUGGCAUGAAUGGACCAUACACAAGCGUUGCUCUUUUAAAAUAAUUGUAUAUGGUGAAGAUUCUCAUGGAAAAAACAGGCUUGUGGAGGUCUCAAACUUUUCGGCUCUGAUACACAACAUUUAUUCUGUUCAUGUUUCAUCAUAGGAGUAAUAUUCCACACGUAUUGCUUGUAGAUGGCACUUGUCACUAGUGGAUUUUAGUGUAAUUGUGCUUGUGUUAUGUGCAAAACUGUUCAGGCCACGCAAGUUGGCUGCAGGUCACAACCUUUUCUCCUGUAAUUUACAGCCUACAAUACAUAAGUUCUUGAAAGGGCUCAAUUCCUGACAACAGAUCAAAUUAAUUCAGUUUUGUAUAUUGUAAAUCAAGCUGUAUGUGAAGUCGUAACGCGAUUACUAUUUGCACAUUCUUGCAUAUUCAUGGCUUUUCAAAAGUUCUUGCUGCAUCUCAUUCAUUUCUGCAUUAAAGGUUACCCUACCCUUUUAGAUUACCAGAGUAUGUUACAUUGCAUUAGAACAUUUAUGUUGGAAGGAUAUUAUCAAGACAUAUCAGGUUUAUAAUAACUAACUCGUCUGUGCAAGUGUUUCAUGUGCAUUUUCCCCCUGAAGUGAUACACAGCCUGUGCAUUACCAAAAACUUGUGUUAUUGCUGUUGCUGAAUGUAGGAUGUCUCUUAGUUUCAUGUUAGCCAUAUUAGUGAUACGCUCAAGCUGCUGCUGCUGAUGUCAUUCUUGUCCGAUUGUUUGAGCCUAUGUAUUGCCCAGGUCUAUGAAUAAUGGGCAAGCCCCCCAGCCUGCUUGCUUUCCCAUAUGAAAGAUGCUGAUAGUGGGUGCAUACAUGGUGUGCAUUUGGCGAUAGGUAAAUAUUCGCAAGCAUACGAAUCUUAGCUGUUCACGCUCCCAUUUCUGAUGGCAGAUUCAUAAGAGUGGAAGCAUGCGAAAAUGGCUACACGAUUGCAGAGCUUUGGAGCACCAUAAAAGUUCAGGGGGCCCUUGGAAGUAAGCUGGCAGCUCUGGUAACACACACACCCACCUCGGAACACUUGGUAAAAGCCAUACCACUUGAUGUUGGGCAUUCUAGUAUCAUUUGUCUUCAAACCAGAAAUUGAGAAAUGGUUGUGCUUUUGUGCAAUAUUCAUUUGUUUUGAAAACGGCAUUUCAGUUCAUGUAGCCCAUACUUAAUCUUGGCCUUGUGCUGUACACAUUUGCGUUGUGUGAAUAGUGUCCACACUGUUAUUUCUUGAGAUAUUCCCCCCUUCCUAUGUGUAUUGCUAGCUUUUGUUUGUUACCAAGCUCAGGGGAUCUGAAGCUGUAACUUGUUUGUUACCAAGUGAAUGUAUCUCUCUUCUUCAAAUACAUUGGUGAUUUCAGUUUACA